CCCAAUUAUUAUCCCCACCGUGUUACGGAUAAUAUUAUAUUCUUCAAUCAGCUUCUCACCGGAACUUGCUCCUCCCCAUUACACCUGCGACGGUGGCCCCCCGCAGCAGUGUCCAUCUCCCAUCUGCGCUUUAGUAAGAUUAGAUUAUUCAGGGUGUCCUAUAAGCUCCGCGUAGCGCGAGUCCUGUCGACGGACGCCGGUUUGGGGGGCCUGCGGAGGGGAAUUCCCACCUCUGGGCCGCGGCCGCGGUGGGCGUUUAAGUUUUGUCGCGGCCAAUAUGAAUCAGAGCAAGAAAAUGGAUAUGUCUAGCCUGAAAGAGUCCUUACCAGAAGACUAUGAUCGCCUGAAAGCGCUGAAGGCGUUUGAGGAGACGAAAGCCGGCGUCAAAGGCAUAGUCGAUUCCGGGAUCCAGAAAGUUCCCAGAAUAUUCAUCAGGCCGCCUGAUGAGCUCGUUGAGGAAUUGAAUUAUCAGCAGUCCAGUCUCCAGGUCCCUGUGAUAGAUCUUAGUGGAAUUGGAGCCGAUGAUCAGCGCAAGAAGAUCAUCAGUGAAGUGAAAAAAGCAUCCAAGGAGUGGGGAUUUUUCCUGGUGACGAAUCAUGGAAUCCCCAUGAAUGUUUUGGAUGGCAUGCUGGAUGGAAUAAGGAAAUUCCACGAACAGGACGCCCAGGUGAAGAAAGAGUUCCAUUCUCAUGAUAGGAUGCAGAAGGUGAAAUAUGGUAGCAACGUUGAUCUGUAUCGUUCUCGUGCUGCUAAUUGGAGGGACUCGUUGACCAUUUCUCUGAUGACAUCUGAUCGUAUUGAACCUGAUGAGUUGCCGGAGAUUUGCAGAGAUUCAACAAUUGAGUAUCUGAAUCAAGUCACGAAGCUGGCAGAAACUCUGUAUGAGCUGUUAUCGGAAGCUCUAGGCCUCAAACCGGACCACCUGGGAGCCAUGGAAUGUGGCAGGUCACGCACUUUCAUCGGCCAGUACUACCCGCCCUGCCCGGAGCCAGAGCUGACACUGGGCACGAGCAAGCACACUGAUCCUUCUUUCUUAACAAUUCUCCUACAGGACCUAGUUGGUGGCCUCCAGGUCCUGCAUGAAAAUCAGUACAUAAAUGUAGCACCCCUGCCUGGAAGUUUGGUAGUCAACAUUGGAGACAUGUUGCAGAUCAUUUCAAACGACGAGUUUAUAAGCGCAGAUCAUAGAGUUCUUGCCAACCGAGCAGGACCAAGAACUUCAGUUGCAGGCUUCUUCUCUGGUCCUGUUCUGCCCGGAAAGGUGUAUGGCCCAAUCAAAGAGCUGAUAUCAGAAAAACAUCCCCCUCGUUACAAGGAGUUUACAGCAGGGGAGUAUAUUUCCAAGUUUUUCGCGCGGCCAAUUGAUAAAUCCGGACUUGAUGAGUUCAGGUUGCGAGAGUCCGGACUAGUGACAACCGAAUGAUAAUUAUAAAUUCAUAUGUAUUUUGUAUCACCCUGUUGUAAUAUUCUGUCAUGCCCCAGCAUGGAUCGGCCAAUACGUAUUUGGAUCGGCCAGUGCCGAUUUGAUAUGAUUGUCCGAUUCUAUACAUUACCCGAAAUUGUUUGGUAUAUUCAAUAAUAUGAUGUUAUUAAAUAUUAUCGUUUGAAAUCGAUUAUAUCGCCGAUAA